AGUAGUAGUAGUAGUAGUAGAAGAAGAAGUAGACGCGCUUCUUCGUGUCCUGUUGCUAACUCGCCAGCUGCUCGUGUCGUUGUACCACAGACGGAUAAGAUGAACAAACCGGAGGAGUUUGACUCGUAUGAGAUCGAGGAGCCGAGCGACGAGGAGCGAGCCGAGAGCAGUUCGGAGGACGAGCUCGAGGUGCUGCUGAAUGGGACUCCGGAGCAGAAGAAGAAGCUGAUCAGAGAGUAUCUGACGGGGGAGAGCGAGUCGUCAAGCGGCGAUGAGUUUGAGAAAGAGAUGGAGGCGGAGCUGAGCACAACCAUCAAGACCAUGGAGGGAACCUGGGGGCCAUCGACAGCAGCAGAAACCUCAGGGAGCCGAGGUGGAGUUGCGGGUGAAGGAGGUGGAGGCGGCCCUGCGCUUCCUAACUCCAGGAUGUACGAUGAAGUGUACUUUGACUCAGAUUCUGAGGAGGAGGACACGCCGAGCAGCUCCACUGGCCGGAGGCGGAAACAGAGAACCAUACCGACCAAUGACGAGCUCCUGUAUGACCCUGACGAGGACGACAGGGACCAGGCCUGGGUGGAUGCCAGGAGGAGACAGUACGCCUGCAGUAGACGACCAGCUGCAGCAUCUCGGUCGCAGCCUCGUCAGGCUCAGGGUUUACCGAACAGCGACGCUGUCCUCAACUGUCCCGCCUGCAUGACAACACUCUGCCUGGACUGUCAGAGGCAUGACAAGUACCGGACGCAGUAUCGAGCCAUGUUCGUCAUGAACUGCACGGUGAAGAGAGACGAGGUGCUGCGAUACAAAACGGAGCAGGAGAGGAAACAGAGAAGCAGGAAAAGGAGGAAGGGACAGAAGACAGACGCAACUCUGCAGGAUGAGAGACCCGACCCGGCGCCGGCGGGGAUGAACGCUGAUGAGGUUUACAACCCGGUUCAGUGCUCCGAAUGCUCCACUGAGGUGGCCGUGUUCGAUAAAGAUGAAGUCUACCACUUCUUCAACAUCCUCGCCAGCCACUGCUGAGACAGACAAGAAGACACUUUUUCAUUUCACAGGUUUGUCUCUGAUUCUUCACCUUACAGCAGCACCCGGCGUCUUCAGGUGGAAGAAGAAGAAGGAGCGGGCUGACAGUUUCUUCAGCAUCCUGCCAGAGGAGGAAGAAAUCAGCUGUGGUCACUCAGAGUGUAUCGAUCAUCACAGAGUCCAUCACACAGUUGGUCAUUUCACUCGCCUGAUGAGGAGAAAAGCUUCUGGAUGGUGGCGGAAAGUCACAGCGCGACAUCCACCUGUGAAAUCUAAAAACUGCCUUUUAAAAACUUGAAUUUGACUCUGAAAGUCUGCUGUUGUGUCAGUGCUACUGCUGGACUGAGAGCACAAGAGCCUGGAUUUUUGUAUUUGAGAAGAAAGCUGGAUAACGAUAACACAUUUAUUUUUAUUUUUACCUCAACACAUCACAUACUAUCAUGAUUGAAAAGGCCUCCUGUUAACAUUUUCCCUUUGAACCAACAUAAAGCAUUUAUAAUCAGAAUAUAAACAUUGAUUGAACGGUUUAAAACAUGCUAUAAUGUUUUUCUCAACAACUACAACUUCUCCUGUGGAGGCAGCUGCAGAAACAGAUGAUGAUGUAGUAAAACACAGUUGUAUAGAUUGCCGCUGGAAUCAGAGGAGGAAAACUAUGUUAGCACUUUCAGUUCCCUCGUUCUGAAGUCAGCGUGGUUGUUAGACGCUUGAAUUAAGAUCUGUGGUCAACACACCUUAAGAGAUUUUUUCGAGAAUUGUUCUGCGACAUUAAUUAUGUCAAAACAUCUGAAUUAUAAAAACCUUAUUCUGCAGGCUUUCUGUCGAGGAAACCAGAGUGAUGAUAACUUACUGGUUAGUCUACAAAACACCAUCCCUGCAGCACUCUAAUAAUCUGAAAGAUUUCCUCUUCAUAGGAGACAUUAUAACUGUUGAGAUAUAAUAUACAUUAAUAAAUACUUUAAAAUGUCCUUAUGUUUACAGCUACAGUUUGUCCUGCUUAUAAAUGCUAAAAAGAGGGUUCAAGUAAAAUUUUACAAGCUAACAAACAUUUUUGUUGAAUUGUGACCAGUAUUUGUAUUGAGACAGAUGUCAUACAUUUGGAAAUAAACUUGUCCAUGCUUUCUCUUAA